AGAAGUAGAAGGCGGUAGUUGUGAUUGGUAAUUUCGUUAUCGAGUUCAAUUAUGUAAACAGAAGUUGUCAAAGACUGAUAUUCUGAGACAUAAAGUUUACAAGUUUCAGGGAUGAAGAACAAAAGGGUAAAAUCUACCAAGUUUAGAGUCAAGGAUUUUUCCUUGGAUGGGUCCUUCAGAAGCUAGGCAGGUGUGUCAUGGGAAAGGCCCCACCUUGUACAUGUGCAUAGUGCUUUAAAAAUGCAGAGAAUACACACAUGCAUCCUUGAAAAGUCUCUGAAUGGAGUUGUCAGUGAUGUGUCCCCUUCGACAAGCAUUCCUCCUCUUGUGGAGGGCCAUGUGCGAUGUUUCCUUAGAGUCACAGUAAGCAAAGUGCUGUGGACAAUAGAGAAGCCGCCACCACUCACCCUGAUCCGAUUACGAUGGUGGGGUGAGACGACCAGUGGUACUGUGUUUUGUCCCAGAGAUGGAUCCCUAGAUAGAGAGAAAGAUGUUAAAUCCACAACCAGAUUUCCAGUUCGAUGUGGCCCAAAGCAGUUUACUUCAUAUUUAACAGAUAUGGGCUCACUGGUGUUGGAUGUUCUUGCAAAGCCUGAUCACUUACCCAUAGCACGAGUUCAAAUACCUGGGAUUGCUAAGUUGUCCCUUUCUCAUUCUAUUAAUGGAUCUUUUACACUUGUGUCACCAGUGUCUGAAAAGCUUGGCGAGGUACAGACCACAUUGGCUUUAGAGCCACUGACAGAAACUUAUGACAGCAGCAGCUCAAUACCAACUGUCAACAUGAGCAUUGAUACAGCAGUUUCUGCUCUGGGACACACGUCUGACCAAAACAUGCCAUCUUCAUCCCAGUUUGGUUCAAAAAUCAGUGGAAAUGAGUCGGAUCCUGGAGGCAGUUCGAAGAGCAUGCCAAUCGGAAAAGACCACAUGUACUUUCAAGAGAGGGGGAAAUCACAUUCUAUUAGAUCUAAUGCUGAAGUAGGAGCUUCAGUAAAUAGAAAUUUGCAUGAGAAGAAUGAUAAACCAGAUGUCCACAUUCCCUCGGCAUCGGUGGACCUACUUUCUGUUCUUCUUGAGCGUGGUAGCAAACUUAGAAAUGCCAUGGUGGUUUCUGCAUUGCAGUCCAAUACUGAUUCUGACAUGGGUCUAAAGGACACGCCCCUGCACCUACCAAUAGAGAACACUGGAGUCUGUCCUUUGGUGCCUCCAAUUCCAUCAUCGGUACAGUUGAUGCCGGACAUCCUCCACUCAGAUAUUCAGGAUUCGACUCAGGGCUGGGAACUUUUCUGGCCAGACAUACAUGACAUAGCUGUGGAGCAGCUUCUGGGGAGUGUUAAUGGAUCUGAGCUUGCCGUAUGGGAAGGAGAAGGUUCUCUUCUUGGCUCUCUCUCUGGCUGCAGCAGCGUACUUAUGGACAGUGAGCUCAGUGAUCCCCUAUGUGACCAGAGCCUAUUGGAGAACGUGUUCUAUAAGGCUUCGAUGACUGAUGGCUGUUUGGGUGCAGGAGAUGAUGAGCCUGAGCAGCAAAAGAGCUUGGACAAAAAUGCUAGGCUAGAUUUGGAUGUCAUGCAACAUGCAGGACACAAUUCAUUCCAUGGGCUAAGUGUGGAUAGGAUUUCACUUCUUAGAAGCAUCAGUUUUGCUAGAGUUAUAGUCAUACAGUUAUCAGUCCCCACAAACAAUAUCUCUAGUAUACCAAGAAAGCACUCAGGGAAAGGAAGACCACCUCUACCUCUCACGACUAAGAAAUGCUCAUAUUUUGUUGAAUACCUCUUUCCAUUACCAUCUGCUAAUAAUGAUACUGGGAAAGAAGUUCCUGUAGAGGUCACACGAGUUGUCUCCAAUAAAGUUGUGGGUGGCGUGGUGAAAUUUCAGCAUCGAAGUGUCUUUUCAGUGGGCUUCAGUGGUCCCACUCUUAAACACUGGUGGGACACAAACCUUAGCUUUACAGUCUACUUGAAGAGUCAUCAAAAGAAACCUGUUCCAUUAGGGACAGCUAUAUUCCCCUUGCGCACUUUGCUUCAGAGUGAUCGGCUGUGUAUCACCGCUUCACUUCCUGUCCAAAGACAUGACGGAGCUUUCACCAGUCAGGACGUUGGACCUCUCAAGGUCUUGUUUGAACUAGCUGCAAACAAGAAAGACUUCACUUCCAAAAACAGUUUAGGGAAGAUUGCAGCAAGUGCAGGAACAUCUCCACUGAAAGCAGACCUCUCUAUUGGACAGCCAGAUGAUGGGGAUGCUACUGAUUUUCCACAAGUUAAUAACAGUGCUCACACGAGAGACGCCUCACCCAUGGUAGUUUACUCAUCCCCAAACAUCCUGAUGCCUGAGGCCAGGUCUGUUUCACCACAGAGAGCCAAAAACUUUCCCCAUAAACCUGCUCAACUCGCAGAGGAAGAAGAUAGAGAUAUUUUGUUCCACACCCUGCUCAUGGUGCCAGAUGGAAAAGAUUUCAGUUGCACACCUUUGCAGCCCAAUGUCUACUUAAACUGUAAGCUCUUUGGAUCUGAAGAGAUGACUCAUUCUGUGGUCAGCUGGGGUCAGAUACACCCAACAUUCAACUUGGUUCAAGUGGCACCAGUUCCUCUCACUUCCAAGCUAUUGGAGAGGAUGAGGAAUAAUGUGAUGGUCAUAGAGGUUUGGCUCAGAGCAAGCUCUGUGCAUAAUGAUAAACUCCUCGGACUGGUCAAACUACCUCUUCACCAAUUUUAUAUGUCAUUCAGGGACCCCAAAAUUUGCCAGCUGCUCCUGCAGUCGCAGUAUCCGGUGGUGGCAGUGGACAGCUACAUGCCUGUAGUGGACCUUUUCAGUGGUGGAAAACGUGGGAGUCUGAGGGUUUUUUUGGCUAUGGGCACAUCCCAGCAGAUAACCGCUCUACAGCGCAUGAGAGAUGAGGAACUGAGCUCUGUCUCUCAGCUGUCCAGACCAGUCCACUUGUUAGACCACAGAGACGUGGAACACACAAAGGCUAAGAAUGAGCAUGUGUUUUUGGUGCGGAUUCAGAGCGUAAAGGGAUUAACUCCACUGCAGUCUACUAUCUGGGGAGAAGCAGAUUGUUAUAUCCAGUACUCAUUUCCCACUCAGGAGGAGGCCUGGCAAGACAUCGACCCACAUAUUGUGGAAAGCUAUGUACAUCUGAAGUCGUAUCGUACUGCUACAACAUUGUGCAUGCCCAAUCCCGUUUUUAGCCACUGUGAGACACACGUGCUAGUGGCACCUCCUGGUGUUCCAGUGCAGAGACUGUUGCUCAGCUCUCUGGCAAGUCAGGGUUUCAGCAAUGGAGGAGGAAUCCAGUUUGAAGUGUGGUGCAGGUAUUAUUACCCAAAUGUGCGUGAGCAACUUGUAGCCAGAGGAUUGCUGCCCAUGACCAAGCUCUGUGCCAUGGUGACAAUGCAGAGGCAUGGCCAAAUGGAAGCACAGCUCUUCUGUCUCCCACUUGUGCUAAGGUCUGACAAGCCAACUGAUGUCCAGACACAACCCUCAGGUCUACUUGAAGUGAGUGUUCAGUACAAGACCCGGCUGGUGAGGAGAACUGAUUUACAGGGUGGUAUUUUGCCCUCCCACGUGGUGAAUCUGGUCGUGCAGGUGCACAGAGCCACUGGCCUGCAGGCCACAACACGGGCCAUAGGAUUGCAGAACUACGCAGAGGUGGGAGUUAAUGCAUUCGUCACUUUGCAGCUCUCAUUCCUGCCUGAGAAGGAGAGCAGGAGGACACGUGUAGCAGCCAGGAGCUUUUGCCCAGAGUUUGAGUACCACACUGAGUUUUGCUGUCAGCUGUUGGUGCAGAGGGAAAGCGGAGAGUGUGUGAGUCUAGCUGAGGUGCUACAGGAUGCUAUGGCCAUUUUCACAGUUUAUAACAGAGAUAGACUCAAAGUGAUGAACACAUCAAGAUCUGAAGAUAGCAUUCUAGGCUCAGUGAAAAUUCGGCUUGCUGACCUACUUUAUAAAAGAACAGGUAUAUCUGGCUGGUAUAGUCUAUCCCUCCCUCCAAGUGCAUCUUUACAUCACAACCUAAUCUCAGUCGGAGGACUCGAGCUCUCCAUAAAAUUCAGCCAUCACACAGACCGGGAGCAUGUCCUCAAUUCAGCACAGAUCCUGGGAUGGGAAAUCGAGAGGCACAGUGAGGAAGAUCAGGAGGAUGAAGAGAAAGGGGACAUUCCUUCAGAAAGAAUGUGCACAAUAACAUUUUCUAUCAUUAUCCCCAGAGCCUGGCUACCCAUCCAGUUCCUGCUGCUCCCAGGUCACACAGAGCUCCAGAGAUCGACCUAUUGUUACUAUAGAUACAAACUCUAUGAUCAGGAGGCCUUCUGCUCUGAGCUGAGACAUCCAGCUCUGGAAGAGGGUGAGGGCAUGGCUACAGUGGCAUUCACAGGUACCCAGGCUAUAGAACUGAGCGUGGCCCAGCCACUGCUCUGGUACCUGAGGGAGGAGAAGCUAGAAGUGCAGCUGUGGGUAUCUUUCACUAAGGAGAAGAGGAUGCGACCUCACAAGUUGGAUUGCUUGGUUGGGUCUGCCUUUGUGGCUCUUUCAGCCCUUGCAACAACUUCAAAGCACAAGAAGACAAUAAAUGGUGUGUAUCCUCUAUUUAAGCCUUCUACUGCUGAUCUGGGUGGAGCUGCUCUGAGAGCCCACAUCACUGUGACAGCGGGAUCCAUUCCACAGACACCCCAAGCCCCACCACUCAUGGAGGAAGAGAUGCAGCUGAGCAGUUCAGGAGUGAAAGAGGAGGAUAGAGGACCCUCGUCUAUACAAUCACCCACUCCAGUCAGUCAGUCCAGACAGUGUUGUGUGUCUAAUAGACAACACACUAAAUCACUGCUAAGCUCAAGUGUCAUCACUAAUGACAACACCUUCACUGCAACUGUCAGCGUAGAGCGAGCUAUGCACCUUAGUUUGAAAGGUUUCCCUUUAGCUGAGUGGAAUAACAGCCUCCCCAGCUGCUGGGUGUCUUAUGUAACAGCUGAUGAACCUGCUACCGUGAGCACAGCUGUAAUGCAGGACAGUGAGUGCCCAGUGUGGAACCAUCAGCAGGAAUGCAGUCUUUCAAAGGAGCUGCUUUUAGAUCCCCAGCAGUCUCUGGUAUUCAAAGUCUGGCACAAAGGAGAAAUAGAGCGUGUGAUAGGCUUUGCUUCAGUGGAUCUGUCCCCACUUCUGUCUGGCUUUCAGUCUGUGUGUGGCUGGUACAACAUUACAGACUUAAGUGGGCAGUGUCAGGGCCAGAUCAAAGUGUCUGUGUCUCCUCUAAAGGGUGUGCAGGAGUUCCGUGCCCAGAGACAGGCCAUGUGCGAGAAGAUUGCUGCAGAAUCUUCUAACCUUCUGUUUACUGCCCUGCCGCUGUGUUAUCAAACCGCAGCUGUGUACAGCAGCUUCCCCUGUCACAUUAGCCGCUUCUCUGAGCAAAGGAUCAGCACUCCUGAACAGGGGGACCGAAUCCUUACUACAAGGUCUAGUCUGGUUGAUCAUGAUGAGCACAUGGACAAAGUUUGCCAGUUCCAUAAGACUCUGCGAGAGAAGGAAAGUGUCAUGCUGAGUAACUGUGCUGGAAACAUGCAUCCCUCUACCUCAGCACUGUUCUCAGCCCUCAGGAAAAACCUCAGUGAGCUAGAUGAUAUCCAAAAGUACUUCAGCCGCAAGUUGUCUACACCCGUGUUCUCUGUACUUGGAGAGCAGAGUCAAAACUCUGCGAACAAGGAAGUGCAUGGGGAUUCAGAUAUAGAUACACAACAGCUACUGCUCAAGUCCAGCCAGCUGGUGGGAGAGGUCACUGACAUCAUUAAAAAUCUAAGUGAACAUCAAACCAAAGAAUCGUCCUCAAACACACACAGGAAUAAUUCCAUUCCAACUGAAUCUGAAGUGUGUGUUUUUUCAAGUGUGGAACAUUCAACACUAACAGAAUUCAAGAACUGCAAGAUAGAUAACUUUAUUAAAAAAGGCCCAGAAGCAAAGAUGGAGGACAUCUCAUCCCUCAUGUCUCUUACUUCAGAGGAACCUGAUCCUGGGAAUGAGGAACUCCACCAGGACAGUUUCUCCAAUGAGGAUGAGACUAGAGAAGAGGAUGAGGUGGAUGAUGAUGAGGAGGAGGUUGAGGAGACAUUGAUAGAACCGCGACCACUCAAUGAUGUAACUUCACCCACGGACAGGACAAGCCCCUGGACUACAGUGAUGUCUGAUCCUGAACUUGGCUCUUUAGAGAGUCUUGAGGUAACAGAGCAGGCUGUUGAUCUCAUACACCAAAAGGGGAGAGAAACUACAAUGUCUCCACCAGUUACUACAUCUAAACCACAGAGAACGUCUACUGAUUUAGAUCUUUCACCUGGGACCGAAUCAUGUGAAAAUUCAGAAGGAGAUGCAGGAGAUGUGCAUAUUGUUUGUGUGGAACAGGGGGGAGAUGAGGUGUUUUUUAGCAAGGAUUCGACACAAGACACCAGACAGAUGACACAUCGUAACAGCACAACAGAUACAGAUGACGACUCACUAUUAUCUUCUUGCUCUGGAUUUACCACAAAAGCAAACAGUGAAAGUGAAAAGGAUGAAAGUAAAGCAAAACUCUGUGAUGCUAUAAAGAUUCCAAACUUCUUUCUUCCAUCUCACCACUUGGAGGCAUCUAUGAGAAUGCUGCGUUUAGCUCCUGUUUUUCCGUCAGCCUCCCCUGAUCCUGCUCCUGGAAAAUCUGAGUUUACACUUCGUAGAGUGACUCACCCAAGGCCCAGUGUUCCUCCACCAUCAGCGAAGACCGAAGAAACAAAACGAAUUGCAAAAAUCUUCGCUUCACAUUUUACACAGUGAAAUUUUUGGUUUUGUAGAUUUUUGUUGACUUUUUAUACUAUUGUGUGGUGCAGCCCUGUGUAUAAUAACUGAAUGGCUUUAUUUAUAUGAUCUUCAUGAGAAUGAGAGAUUGAAUAAUGUGAGGAAUAAAAUACAUUUUGCUGUGGAAGUAUUAAUUUUUUUUCUAAAUA